AUGACUUCUCCGACUGAACUCAACGACGACGCUGGGCUAAAGUUGCUUGCUGAUUGCUGCACCAAUGUAGGCGAGCGCGAAGUGACUAUUACUUGCUCACCUACUCCUGACUCGGAGGGGUUCUAUGACGCCGUUCUUAGAAAUCUUUACAGAAGAGCUUUAGAGUAUAACACCGAAAGCCUCUUUCAAGUCUUGCCUCCGGAUCUGGAAACUCUUCAGCAAUGGGCGUCGCGUCGAUUAAAAGCUGACUCUGGACUCACGGUGACGGACGACUUUCCGACCCCUGACAUCCACUCUACCUCUGCUGGCGAAGCUUCAGCUGGUAACGCUACUCGUUCUUCCAAAAAGCGCGCUAGGUCAGUCGAUGGCGAUGGCGAGGACGAGCUGGAUGACACUCAGAAUCUUGACAAGCCGCCAAAGAGGAAGUCCGCUAGACUUGCCACUCAGCCCUUCAUGAAGCCCAAGGCUGCCACCAAGAAGUCUGCUGGCAAAGGACGCGCCGCAGACACUCUCGCAGGCCCUUCAAGAGGCGAGAACUCCGCGCCGAGUAAGUUUGUGAGCGACGAAGACCUUAUUAGAGGCCGGGAGACCAAGCCGCGCGGGAACCGCACCGAAGAUGAGCGUAAGCAGGAGUUGGAAGACGACGACUGGGUCAAACUCUUCUCUCUCAAAUACGUCGUCUGCGAUGGAUGUAAUGUGACGAUCAAAUGUUGCGGUAAAGGCCAUUACUACGACACGAACUGGAGCAGGCACAGGAAAUUGUGCGAAAGGAUACCGCUAAGUGAGAGGCAGUCCAAGAGGACGCCCGGUCCCUCCCGUCCCAAGGGCCAGAAGAAGAAGCAUGGCAGUGACUCGGAGGCGAAGGCUUCCAAAUGCAGGCCCGACGCAGAGCUUGCCGCCGCUUCAUCUGCGCAGCCGCUUGCCCAGAGUAAGAAGCAGAAAAGCAGCAGAGGGAAAGGGAAGGAAAGAACUCGAGAUAAUGGCGAUUCCAACGACGCUGUAAGUGAGGUAGCUAACGGGGAUGAACCUCAGAGGCCUGUAACGCCGCCUCACCCAGCCUUCGGGCUUGCCCCCGGGUCGGAGGAAAUAGUGCCUGCAGUGAAUACCUCGCCAGUCCAUUCGGCGGCGAUGAAUGGCGGGUCGUCUGCUCCUCCGCAACUUCCACCUCGACUGAGGGGGUCAAUUUCCUCAUACGCAGCAAUCAGUCGGCCAAGGUCAAUGGACCGCUUCAUGGACCCGAUUCCGUAA